ACUUUGAAUUGAGAGCAGAGUUUAACCCAUGGUGUAAUAUUGCUUUCAACACGCCGGGAAAGUCACUGAAGUGAAUGCACUAAUUAGAGCGGCGCUAAAUCAUUGCAAAUUGGAGCAUCGAGAGUUCAGGAAACUCACCAUAUUGCACUGUCGCCGAGGGACCGAACGGGAGCCGGCUUUCUCUCCCCCCACCCCCCCAAAAAAAAGUAUCAGCAGAUCUAACAUGGGCUGACAAGAGGGAGCGAACGAGCAAGUUCAGACUGUGGACCACAGGAACAUUUACCCAGAGGAGGGUCUGACAUUAAAGACAAAUCGAGUGGCGGCGGCAUGGAGGCAGUCAGGUCGUGGGUACGGACUGUAGGCGUGGUGGCAGCGAAUGUAGCGGCUCAGAGCGGGGUGGCUCUAGCCAGAGCGCACUUCGAGAAACAACCUCCGUCUAACUUGAGAAAAUCCAAUUUCUUCCACUUCGUCUUGGCCCUGUACGACAGGCAGGGCCAGCCGGUGGAGAUCGAGAGGACAACCUUCGCAGACUUUGUGGAAAAAGAUCUGGAGCCCGGUAAUGACAAGACGAAUAAUGGGACACAUUAUAAGCUACAGUUGCUGUAUAGUAAUGGUGUGCGGACGGAGCAGGACCUAUACGUGCGACUCAUCGAUUCCGUGACCAAACAGCCGAUUAUCUACGAGGGUCAAAAUAAAAACCCAGAAAUGUGCCGGGUGCUUCUCACGCAUGAGGUCAUGUGCAGCCGCUGCUGUGAAAAGAAGAGCUGUGGCAACAGGAACGAAACUCCAUCGGACCCAGUCAUCAUUGACAGAUUCUUCUUAAAGUUCUUCCUCAAGUGUAAUCAGAACUGUUUGAAAACAGCGGGAAACCCCCGGGAUAUGCGUCGAUUUCAGGUUGUGUUAUCUACAACACUCAACGUUGAUGGGCAUGUGUUGGCCGUCUCGGAUAACAUGUUUGUGCACAACAACUCGAAGCAUGGACGCAGGGCCAAACGCCUGGAUCCCACAGAAGCCACACCAUGCAUCAAGGCCAUCAGUCCCAGUGAAGGAUGGACAACCGGAGGCGCGAUGGUCAUCAUUAUUGGGGACAACUUCUUCGAUGGAUUGCAAGUCCUCUUUGGCACAAUGCUGGUUUGGAGUGAGCUGAUUACACCCCACGCCAUCCGAGUGCAGACUCCCCCUCGACACAUCCCCGGAGUGGUGGAAGUCACAUUGUCCUACAAGUCCAAACAAUUCUGCAAGGGCGCUCCAGGAAGAUUCAUCUACACAGCCCUGAAUGAACCAACAAUAGACUAUGGAUUCCAGAGGCUGCAGAAGGUCAUCCCAAGGCACCCUGGUGACCCAGAAAGACUAGCAAAGGAAAUGUUAUUGAAGCGAGCAGCAGACCUUGUAGAGGCGUUGUAUGGAGGACCACCAAACAACCAGGAGAUGAUUCUGAAGAGAGCCGCCGACAUUGCUGAGGCUCUGUACAGUGUCCCACGCACUCCCAACCAGCUCCCUGGCCUCUCCAACACUCCCAGCCACAGUAGCAUGAUGAGGAUGAACUCGUACAGCAGCCAGCUGGGGGUCAGCAUCUCGGAGUCCGCACAGGGCAACAGCCAAGGUUACAUCCACAACAGCAGCAGCAUCUCCCCCCGAGGCUACGCUCCCACCCACUCACCACAACAGUCAAACUACAGCACGGUCGGUGGGAACAUCAAUGGCUACAGCAACGUGCCAAUGUCGAAUCUUGGCGUGCCAAGCUCCCCGGGAUUCCUCAACAGCUCUCCCGCCAGCUCACCCUAUGGCAUUAUGCCUCCCAGCCCGACCGUGGCCUCAGCUGUCCCUCUGUCCUGCAGCACCUCUGCCAUACUUCCCUUCUCAUCUUCUGUCUUCCCCGCAGUGAAACAAAAGAGCGCGUUUGCACCGGUGAUCCGACCCCAAGAUUCCCCUUCCCCAGCCUGUGCCAGUGGCAACGGAGGUGGAUUCCGAGAGGAAGAAAAGGGUUUCAGAGUGAAUUAUUUCUGAUUUCACAGCCAUGACUGGACUGGUAGUCCCUCCGAUGUGAGGCUAUUCCCUCCUGUCUCCAUAUCGCAUUCCAAGGAGCAAAGUUCACCCGCUACAAAAACAUCAUCACCAGAACCAACAGCUGUCAGAAAUAUUAGCAGCCUUCCCUUGGAAGCAGGGACAAAGCUGACUUUCUUUGUUGCCCGGACUGAAUGAAUUCCCUGCAGCGAUGUGGAAAUCUCGGCUUCAUCCGCACUUAAGGAACCUCAGAAGUGAGGGCCAAAGGUGGUGGUGGGAGGGGCGGACUUGGUCAAUGGGUGGGGGAAGUAAUCUUCACAAAAAAAAAUGCAAUUUUCUAUUUUGUAUAAUGGUUUUAAUGUGACAGUUCUUAUCAUUUUAACAGAAGUAACCCUUUGGAUAUGAGAGCUGGCUUAUAAACUAGAUAUUGAAAAAAAAACAGAUUGUUUUUAAAUGCAGCUGAAUAAAGUGUCAAUAGAUUGCUUGUUGUGAGUGGUAAACUUAGAAGUUAAAGGUUUAAGACAUUUUACAGUAAUUUAAAGAGGCAGUAUCUUUUAUUGUCAGAUUAUCUAGGUUGUGAUUAUGAAAUAUUAACAUGGUGUAGGCCAUCCUGUAUGGGUUGUGAUGUUUCAUCCAUACUGACCACAGGACCUUUAUUUAGAGCAUCAGCUCCUAGUCUGGGCUGAGUUAGCUGAACUUGGUAUGUUUCUGCAGUUGUCACCAGCAUUUCUGGGCCAGGGAAAGCAAAGUAAUUCAACCGGGAAUCUCCAACCCUGCCCAAUUUGUCUUUCAAAACUUCCAGCGUAUAAUUGGUGUGUCCCUGGGGUGUGUGUGGGUGUGUGUGUGUGUGUGUGUGUGUGUGUGUGUGUGUGUGUGUGCGUGUAUGUUUGUGUGUGUAUGUGUGCGCGCGCGCGUGUGUGUGUAUGUUUGUGUGUGUGCGCAUGUGCAUGUGUGUGCGUGUGUGUGUGUGUGUGUGUGUGUGUGU